UCAGGAGCAGUGCGCAUGCGCAGAGCGCGGCGUGACACUCGUGGAGUGGAAGUGUGUGAUCGGUGAUCCCGGCGGGUUCAUCAGUGUGUGGGAGCGUGUCUGUCGGCGGAUCAUGUCGUGGCUCUUCGGGCUCAAUAAAGGUCAGAGCGGCGCUCCGCCGGACGCUCCGGUUCCGCCCGCUCCUCCUCCUCCUCCCGCCGGGGGCUCCGGUUCCGGUUCGGGCGACAGACCCAAGGACAAAUGGAGCAACUUCGACCCGACGGGGCUGGAGCGCGCGGCGCAGGCGGCCAAAGAGCUGGACCGAUCGCGUCACGCCAAAGAUGCGCUGGAUCUGGCGCGCAUGCAGGAGCAGACCGUUCAGCUGGAGCACCAGACCAGAAUCAAGGAGUACGAGGCAGCGGUGGAGCAGCUGAAGGGCGAUCAGAUCCGCAUCCAGGCAGAUGAGCGCAGGAAGACUCUGAACGAGGAGACCAAACAGCACCAGUCGAGGGCGCAGUAUCAGGACAAGCUGGCACGGCAGCGGUAUGACGAGCAGCUCCGGCAGCAGCAACUGUUGAACGAGGAGAACCUGCGCAAACAGGAAGAGUCUGUGCAGAAGCAGGAAGCCAUGAGGAGAGCGACCGUCGAGCAUGAGAUGGAGCUGCGGCACAAGAACGAGAUGCUGCGUGUGGAGGCGGAGUCUAAAGCUCGCGCACGCGUGGAGAGAGAAAAUGCUGACAUCAUCCGCGAGCAGAUCCGACUGAAGGCGGCCGAGCACCGACAGACCGUCCUCGAGUCCAUACGGACGGCGGGCGCCGUGUUCGGUGAAGGUUUCCGUGCGUUUAUAUCGGACUGGGAUAAAGUGACGGCGACGGUGGCGGGACUUUCUCUGCUGGCGGUGGGUGUUUAUUCCGCGCGUAACGCAACCGCUGUGGCCGGACGAUACAUCGAGGCGCGGCUAGGAAAACCUUCGCUAGUGCGAGAAACCUCACGAUUCACUGUGGUGGAAGCCCUCAAACACCCCAUCAAGAUGGCGAAGCGCUUGAAGAGCAAGCCGCAGGACGCGCUGGAGGGAGUCGUGCUCUGCCCGACGCUGGAGGAGCGCGUGCGCGACAUCGCCAUAGCGACGAGGAACACGCGACAGAACCGCGGGCUGUACCGGAACAUCCUGAUGUACGGGCCGCCGGGGACGGGGAAGACGCUCUUCGCUAAGAAGCUGGCGAUGCAUUCUGGGAUGGAUUAUGCCAUCAUGACGGGAGGAGACGUGGCGCCGAUGGGCCGAGACGGAGUGACAGCGAUGCACAAGGUGUUCGACUGGGCCGGAACCAGCGGCCGCGGGCUGCUGCUGUUUGUGGAUGAAGCCGAUGCAUUCCUGCGCAAGAGAUCCUCCGAGCGGAUCAGCGAGGAUCUGCGCGCGACUCUGAACGCAUUCCUGUACCGCACCGGAGAACAGAGCAAAAAGUUCAUGCUAGUUCUGGCCAGUAAUCAGCCCGAGCAGUUUGAUUGGGCCAUAAACGACCGGAUCGACGAGAUUGUAAACUUCAUGCUGCCGGGACUCGAGGAGAGAGAGAGACUCGUACGACUGUACUUCGAUAGAUACGUGCUGGAGCCGGCUACUGGAGGACGCCAGAGGCUGAAGCUGGCUCAGUUCGAUUAUGGGCUGAAGUGUUCGGAGAUUGCGAAGCGUGUGGAGGGAAUGUCCGGGCGAGAAAUCUCCAAACUCGCAGUCGCCUGGCAGGCGGCGGCGUACUCCUCCGAGGAUGGUGUACUGACCGAGGCCAUGAUCGACGCGCGGGUGGAUGACGCCGUGAGACAGCACCGGCAGAAGAUGGACUGGCUUCAUGGAGAAGGGGUUCUGGAUAACGAGGGCCGGCCGUUUCCCGCCAAAGGCUCCGCGCCGCCACUCAAAGCACAGGAAGUGCUCCGCCCUCUACAGGAAGUGCCAUCAGACCAGAGCAAACCCGACGGGACUCCGGUUUAACGCUCGUGUGGAGUCUCUUCAUGUGUCAGUGGAACGAUUAAAGCUGCAGUUCGUCUGUCUGGUGUGUGUUUGUGCCGAUGUUUACAUGAUCAGGAGUCUGUAACAUUAAUAUUCAUUGUUAAUAAUCGCUGAGAGACUGGAAACUGGUCCACAUGAAAUCAAUGGAAACUGUUAAAUGACAGUAAAGCCAUUUUCAUUUCU